AUUUUAACUCGAUUUGCCGUUUGCGCUACGUUAACGUGACUGUACGUGACGACGAAGCGGGUGGAAGCGGGUAAACGUUCGUUCGUUCGCCGUAAGAAAAACGCGAUAACGUUUAUUGUAAGCGCGAGGGGACGCAAAUGUGGCUUUAUGUGGCGCCCGCUCGGAAAUAUUCGACGAUUUAACGCUUGUAAUCUGAGUACCUUGACCGUAAACUGAAUCCGACCGAUCCGGCCAUUUGAUCGCGCACAAUUCGUUCGACAUGGAGGUCGAGGAGAGCGAGCCCAAUGUUCUGCGGGAGAUAGCGAACGACGACGAGCUGGCGCAAAUCCCGAGGGAGCUGACGAGGAAGAUCAACGCGCAUUUUAACGCGAGAUUCGAGGAGUUCAUAACCGCCAAGGCGGUUUUCGAGACCAACCGAAAGUGCCUGGAGCAAAAUUUGGAGCAGGCGCAGAAGGAACUUGCGGAGCAGAAGUUGGAUCUUGACGAGUAUAGAGGAAAGUUAGAGCUAACGGAAAAGAGCAAUACUGAAAUAUGUGGCAAUCUUGAGGAAGUGAAAAUUGAAGUGCACCGAUUACAGGAAUCUGUCAAACGGCUGGAGAAGGAAAAUGGUGAAUUACGUAGGCAGAGAGAUACAGCUACAGAUGAGGCGAAUGCAUUGCAGCUGCAAGUUGAAAGGCGGGAUACCGAAAUUGAAAGAAUGCGUACUGAUUUGUCGUCUUUAAGCUCCCAGCUUCAAACUGCCAUCGCAUCCAAGUGCCAAACUCUGGCUGAGACCGAGGAAAUUCGCAGUCGAGAGAUGACCUUAGAUUUCAAAGAGAAACGACUAGACAAAGAACGAAUGCUUCUUUCUCAACAAAUGGCAGGCCUUGAAGAAGAGCUGGCCAAAAGGACCUCUGAACUUCAAACAGCACGAUCCGAAGCCUCCGCCAGGGCUCUUUUAAUUGACACGCAGCUGUCCCAGCGCGAGGAAGAUUUGCGGAUAGUCAAUGAGGCCAAUUCCCAACUGCGAGAAUCGGUUUCCUCUCUCCAGAAGCAGAAUGAUGAACUGGUUCAGAAGGUGGAACAGCAGCGUGCCCAUGAAAUUGCUAUUAACGAUUCUUAUCAAAAAGAAAUCAAUGCGCAGAAAAAUUUGUCUAGUUUAUACGAGUCGAUGAAGGACGAUGCCAAUGCCAAGGCGGAGGCACUUUCUAAUGCAGCGAGCGAGCUACAGAAACUUGUGGACAGCACCGCGGAGGAGUAUGGAGUCUUGGAGACGAAGUACAAUCAAUUAUUGAUCCAGCACAAGCAAGAUAUCGAUGACAAGGAGCAGAACAUCCAGGAACUGACAAAAGAGCUAGAACAUGCUAAUGAAUUACUGAAGAAUAUCCAACAAGAGAAAUUGAACCAAGCUGUAGAACAGUUGGCACCUACAGCAGCUAUAACCAGUCGAGUGUUACGAAAAGGAUUAAGCCUCACGCAGAUUUAUACCCAACUAGUCGAAGUCACCAAUGAAUUGACCUUGGAACGAGAGGAAAAUGAACGUUUGAAGUCGCAGAUGGAUGUAAUCCUUCGUGAAUUAGAGCAGAAGGCACCGUUAUUGCAGCAACAGCGUCAAGAUUACGAAAACGCUGUGGCGAAUAUCGAGACGCUGACAAACAGGAUGGACGAGCUUGUCGUGGAAAAUCAACGUCUCCAAGAAAGUUCCGACGAGGCUAAUCGUCUUGCCAAGCAUCACACCACAGAAAACAAAAAGCUGAAAAUUGAAUUGGCUGACUUAGCUAGACAAGUAUGUUAUCUGCUCAAAGAGGUCCAAGAAAGCCGCACCGGCACUCGCGUGGAAACUAGAGAUUUGCCUUCCUCCAUCGACACAGAUGACAUCUUGUCGUCGCAGAUCAUCAGUAAGAAAUUGGUGACCUUUAAAGAUAUCGAGGAAUUGCAGGAGAACAAUCAGAAGCUCUUGGCAGUUGUCCGCGCGUUGUCAUCCAGACAAGAGGAAAUCGAGCGGGCCACCGACGAAAUAAAUUCGGGCGAGAUGAAGGAGAAGCUGGACCGUUACAUGGAACAAUUGACGGAUAUGCAGACCGCGCAGGACAGACAGUCGAAGAUGUUGGACGGCCUCUUGAAGCAGAGAGACAUGUACAAAAACAUGUAUCAACAGAUCAAGAAUUCCAGCGAGAAGAGGAAGGAGGAGUUGGAUAAGGAUAUCGACGAGUCCAAAUCCAAAUCGGAAGAUGAGUCGAAGGGAACGAGAAGCGACGAAGAGAAGGAAAAGUUGCUUAAGAGGCUGAAAGAGGCCGAGGAUAAAUUUAAACACGUUUCGGAUGAGUAUGAGAUAUAUCGCAAAGAACGAACCGCGCAUGAGAAGAUGUUGGGCGAGGAGGUGGAGAGGCUCAGGAAAGAGGCGGAAGCGAAUUCGGCGAGGUGUUGCAGAUUGAGAGCGCAGCUGGACUCGGCGAACGAGAGAUUCACACUUUUGCAGGGCAAUGUCGCCUCGUACAAGUCCCAGAUCAAAGCUCUCGAAGAGAAAUGCACCAAUUACAGUGUUACUAUCAGCAAACACGAGCAAAGUAUUAUGAUCUUGAAGGACGAGACGCUUUCUGCUCAAAGUCGCUUGUCUCGGGCGGAAGUCCAACUGGAGAACCUUCGUCAAGAACGUCAACUUCUGCGUGACUCUGAGGGACGUCUUCUGAAGGAGCGGGAAAUUUUCCAAAGAGAAAGGCAGACUCAGGCACUGCUUAAGGCGGACAUGGAGUCUAUCAAGGCCAGUUUGGAGCGAGUCCAGGCCGAGGGACAGCUUAGGGCCGAGCAGAGAUUCGACGACGCCAACAGAGAGUGCGCUGCUCUUCGACGCCGUCUUCAGGAGGAGCAGGAUCGCUUCAGAGAAUUGGCGGCUCAUUUGGAGAGACAAUUCGCGACCGCUCAAGACAGAUUGAAGGAGGAACGCGAAUUGAGCGAGAGACUGAAAACGGAACUGGAUCAAGCGAGAGAGAGCGAGGCUCAAAGCAGUCAGAAAGUUGAUCAGUUGAGUAGUAAAUUGAGACAAGUGGCUGCUCAUUCCAUCGCUAAACCCUUGACGGGCGACGAAGGUCUUGUGAAGAGGGUGAAGGAGUUGGAGAUGCAACUGGGUACCUCUCAGGUCGAAGUGAACUCGCUCUCCGAACAGUUGAAGGCAGCCAGGCAACAAAGUCAGCAGUAUUGCGACAUUGCCGAGAGCGCCGAAACGCAAUUGAGAGAGUUGACAGCCGAGUACAACAAAUGCAAGGAGGAGCUGGAAAAUGCUCUGAAAGAGUCGCGCGUGGAGAUUAUUUCGUUGCAGAAGAGAGUGAAGGAACUGGGUGAUGAUCUAGCAAAGAUAUCAAAUGGCAGGCAAGAGACCGAUUUAGAGCUGAGAGACAGACUGGCUGAGGCUGAAAGAAAGGUCGAAGAACUCGACGAGUUGAAAGGUGAAAUGGAGUUGCUGAAGAACGACUUGAAGUCUGUCUCUAUCGCGGCCAAAGAAGCGGAGGACAAAUACGCUAGAGAAAUGAUGCAGCAUUCGUCCGAUUUGCAGAUUUUGGCAAAAUUGAAAGAGGAAGCUCAACAAGUUCAACAGCGACUUGAUGUUCUAAACCAAGAGCGAAACUCGGCAGUGGAAGUUCUACAAAUUGAGAAAUCAGCCUUGAAACAGAGAGAGCAGAAAUUCGUGAACGAGAUCGAAGAGACCCAAAAGAGAAUUGUAGACCUCGAUUCGCAGAAUGUGCUUCUGCAUAAUCAGAUUCAGGAGUUGGGCGACCGAAUAGCCAUCAUGCAGAGUCAGCAGACCAAGAUAAGCGGAGGAAGGGAAAGUCCUGACACUAGCCUGGAAGCUCUGAACAAGAGUUUCAGCUCCGUGGAGGAGGAUUCCAAAUCAGUUGAGCAAUUGUUGAGAGUCAUGAAAUAUUUGAGAAGAGAAAAAGAUCUGGCCUUAGCCAAGACCGACGUUCUUAGAGCCGAGAAUCUCAGACUGAAAUCGCAGACCGAGGUAAUGGAGAAGCGGUUGAAGGAAACCGAAAUUUUGCUGAACUCUGAACGUGAAAAAUCCGAGAUCGAUGUAAUGACCACGUCCAAGCAUUCGGAGUUGCUGCGCAAAGUGGAGACGUUGAACGCCAUCACGGAUUCUAACCGAAUCCUCAGGGAGGAAAGAGACAGUCUGAGUGCGAAGGUCAACGAACUCACGGCCAAAGUGAACGCUUUAUCGGAGGAGGUGGUACCUCUUCGAGAUAUAUCCAGAGAUUUGACAGCCAAAACGGAAGCUCUGACAGAGGAGAACACGAGUUUGAAAGGAGAGGCAACCAGAUGGAGGCAAAGAGCGAAUACGUUAUUAGAAAGGGCGAAUAAGGCCAGCCCUGAGGAUUGGCGGCGACUUCAAACUGAAAGAGAGAACCUGAGCAAGCUGUUAACGUCGGAGAGGGAGACUCACGCGAAGAGAACGGACGAAUUUAAUCAAGUGAAGACGGAGAAGGCGAAAUUGGAGGAGCAGCUGGCGCAUCUGCAGAGGCAGGCGCAAACCCAGGAUGAACAUAUAUCGCGAGCGUCGGAAGAGGUUCGCAAGCUGGGGCAGGAACUCAACGAGGCGCUGGCCGAUUCCACCUCGAAGGCCAAAGAUUUGGUGUCCCUGAGGAAGGAGUUGAGCGAGAAGGAUGCCGUUCUCAAUGACAUCAGAAACAAGGAGAUUCAAAUCCGCAAAAUAGCCAAGAAGUAUAAAACGCAAUAUGAGGAGCUCGCGCGAACCGUCGAGGAGGAGAAGAGCCGCAAUGAGGAAACCAGGAAUGAGGAUGCUUCCGGCGCGACGACGCAGGAGCGUGAGGCUCAGCUGCGAGAGGAGGGCCGCCAGGAGCUUCGUCAAAUAAAUAUCGAGCUUACGACGAAGAUAGACGAAGUGACGCGUCAGGUGGUGGCGGCUCAAAACGAGGCGGACAACUUGAAAAAAGAAAUCGAGGCUAUGAAUCGCAGCAGUGUGGAGAAGGAGGACAGGGCGAAGCAGGUUCUCAAGGGCGCCAGAACGAAGAUCAUGCAGCUGACGGAAUCCAAGAAGAUCUGCGAAAAAGAAUUACUGGAUCUGAAAUCCAGGAUCGAGUCGGCGGGAGGUAGCGCCGGAGUUCAAGGAGAUCCCGAUACGGAGCACGACGCGCGGUUAGUGGCGUUGAAGUCGCAGAUGGAAGGUCGUCUCUCCAGGCUGGAGCAUGAGAAGUCGGAGAUACAGGCGGAGAAGGAGGCGCUUCUACAGCGGGUUGCUCAACUCCAGAGACAGUUGUCGGGGGUAAGCGGCGUGAGCGCGACUACGGAGCCACCGACAGCGAACAUCAAACCGAUGUCCGCCAGAACGGAGACCCCGUUGGCCAGCAUCAGACCGAUGAGCGUGGUGGUGCAGUCGCGAACGGCUGCCGUCCUACCGACUACAGCUGGCGCGCCGGUCAUGGUCGCGCCGCAUCAGAUGCAGCAGCAGCAGCAGGUAGUGCACACCACGGAGACGAGCUCGCCGACUAGCAGUCUGACGGACUUCCAGCCGGCAAGUACCAGUACUUCGUCGCAGAGUGCGCAAACCAGCGGUCUUCGUCAACUGGUGGUGCAGCCGCAGCUAAGCGAAUCCGCGGAAUCAACGCAGAGAGAAGAUCCCGAAAGUGCGGAGAGUGCACUUAACUUGCAGCCGCAACAGCAGCCGUGCCAGCAGCAGCAACAACAACAGCAACAGACAGUAGCGCUGGUGAGUCCCAGAGUGGAGCAACAGCAGCAGCAGCAGCAGCAGCAGAUCACUAUCAGCGACCAGCAGCAGACGGUGGCGAGCAGCUCCACACAAUCGGUCAGUACUUCUCAAGCUUCCACGGGACUCAAGAGAACUCGAGGUAGAGACUCGACCGCCUCCGGUUCCGGGAUAAUCGAAAGUUUGGAUCACGGACGUCAGGAUCAGGUGCCGAGCCCGAAAACCAAGAGGAGCAGACAGGACAUUAGCGCGACCGCGAGCGCCAGCGCUUCGGAAGUGGAGUAUCAGGUGCCUACGUCAAGUCAAAGAGAUCAAGAUGAAGAAGUGGAAGAAGGCUGCGUAGUUGUGGUGGACUGUGAUGAGGGUGAAGGUGGGGGCAACCAUCAAGCACAGGAAGAGGAGGAAUUUGACAACGAUACGUACGAGAUAGAGGAAGAGGAAGAGAUGCAGUACGAAGUCGAAGUAGAGGUUGAACGAGACAAUAACGAGGUGGAGAUCAUCAUGGAGGAGGAUUCCACCAGUGUUGAGAUGCCUAGACAAGGUCAAGCCAUUAUUCCUACGAGUCAGCAACAGUCUGAAGCCAUCAGCAGCGCUGGGCCGACCGGUGAACCCGCCACGUCCUUCACGGCCAUGUCGUCUAGAGGGAUCGCGCCUAUACCCAGGCAGCAGCAACAGCAACAUCUUCUUCUGCCACAACAAGGAUACGAGGAUGGCGGCGACGACUGCAUCGUACCAAGCACUCCUACCCUCUUCGUUCCCCGUCGCGACGGUUUCGGUGAAGCUGUAAGCUCUCCACAGGUGCCGCAAGGUCGUUUCACCUUUGGAGACUCUUCGGCGCCUACAACAGCCUCCUCGACACCGUCUCUGACAACUCCCACAGGCUCUAACACUAGGAUCUUUGGUUCAACCAAUUCCGCUGUGGUUCAGGUUGUUCAGGAGAGCCUGGACGAUAGCAGAAUGGACUUGACACAACUGGAGGACGGUGGAACUGGUCGCAGUGUUCCCACGACACCUCUUCAGGUUUCUCCAGCUGCGGAUUUGCCGCCUUCGACUAGUAGUAGCCAGUCCGAAGAACAAGAGAGCACCGUGACGCAUGUUUCCGUGACGGCGACUUCCGGAGACAAUGAGGACGCUAACAUUCCCAGUAUUCGCAUUGUCGGUGCUGACGACCAGCAGCGCGGUUCAACUGAAGCCACAGAAUCUAGUACAACUCCAAGCGAAGGAGUGAGCUCGGAGGGUGAGAAGCGAGUGGAAGAACCGACCUUGGCAUCCGGCGACGACGAUGUCGUCGAUACGGUAGAGGCGACGGAAGAGGCAGGAAGCGAACUCGUUGAAGACGAAGUCGAAGAGGAGAACCGCGAAGCGGAGGCGUCGCCGUCUAGUAACACUCGCCAGAGGACAAUGGCAGCCAGCCUGGCGGCCGCGGGUGAUUCUAAUAGCGCCAGGGGAGUAGUAAGAAGAUCACCGAGAUCGCCCUUUAGAGUGGCAAGAGGCGCGAGGCCUACACCGAUUGUGUGGGGUGAAACCCAGUCCGGUAGAGGACAACCAGUGAUGCGAGGACAUGCCGCUAGAGGAGCCGCCAAUGAGGGGGGACGAGGACGAGGGACGCGAGGUCGACGAAUGCGUGCGAAAUAUCCUUAUACCCGAUACUCGUAAUACCGCGCAGCAGAAGACUUCCCUGUCUGUACGUCUUGUAUUUGUCAUUCUCUGUAGUUAUAUCGUCUUUUUAUGUUAAACACAAGUAAAGGAUAAACUUUAGUAAA